AUGCCGAAGACAAUUCUUGGGGGAUGGUCACUUUAUGGUCCAUUAAGUGAAUGGACAACAUGCACGACAAGCUGUGGAAAGGGAUUUCAACACAGAACUCGACAUAGGAUCUGUAACAACCCGGAACCGCAGCACGGAGGCAAAGACUGUGUUGGAUUGGUACAUAGAGAUUGGUCAGAGUGGAAUAAUUGUCCUGUUUCCUGUGGUGGAGGAGUUCAACAGAGUGUAAGGACAAGAGCGUGUAAUGAAACAAAACAAGGCAGAAACAACUGCAAGGAGUCUAAUGAGACAAAGGAGCAAAGAUUUGAUGGACAUUGGUCUUUAUUUAUUCCACUCGGAGACUGGAGUCAGUGUUCCUCUUCUUGUAACAACGGAACAAAGACACGUGUUAGAAUCCGCACUUGUUCUGAACCAGUUCCAUUGUAUGGUGGUAAACCGUGUGUUGGUCAGAGCAUGUCUACGGAUACUAUAACCUGUAACACACAACCAUGCAGUGGAAAAGAAGACCCCAAACAGAAAACAAUUAUCAUAAUUGCUUUGGUGUCAUCAAUCCUGAUUUUACUUGGUGGUCUUCUAAUAUUCUUUUACUGUCGAUAUAAAAGAAUACCCAAAACAGAGUCAACUCCGCAACGACAACCAGAAGUGUACGAGGAAAUUCAAAGUAUGGAUAUAGUAAACAACAUCUAUGUUCCAUCAUACGCAGAAUACAUACAUAAUCCACGAUUUUUGAACAGACCAAACCCGGGGACUGCACUUCCUUUUCCUUCUCUUUUCGUGAAUAUUCAAAGAACUGAAUCCACCUUGACCUCUAACACAAAUGAUUGCCGCCUGAGUGAGAUUGUGGGACACAGAAAAAGCAAUGAAAUGAACGAAGAGACAGCUGUAGGUGUAAAACAUAAUUUUAAACUUUCCGAAGUAGACGAAUCAAAAAUGGCAAUUUGCCCAAGAAAUGAAUCUGGAAGUACGGACAAGGAAGAAUAUUUUGAUGUCGCAAAUUCUAUUACAGAAGAUUGUCCUGUUGAUGGUUAUGAAAAGCCAAUGUUGAAAAGCAGGAAUAGCUACAUAACUGUUUUGCCAGAUGAAUCUAAGAAACCAGAGGAAACUGCAACUAAAGAUCAACAGGAUUACUUAGAAUGCUGUCAUGACAUUGAUGAAUCAGUGAAAAAUUAA